AUGUAUAAGAUUUUUCGCGAUGGAAAUAAAGAAUGUCCAACGUGUCGAAAAAAAUUAAUCUCAAAACGAUGUUUACGUCGUGAUCAAAAUAUAGAUGCAUUAAUAUCAAAAUUAUUUCCAGUACGCAACGAUAACGAUGAUUUAUUAAUACAUAAUCGAAAUAAAUAUGCAAAAAAAGCAAUAGGUACAAGUUUAUCAUCUGAUGAUGAACAACAACAACAACAGCAAACAAAAGAUAAGAAGAAAAAACGUAUUUCAGAAUCAUCAUCAUCAGCUGGUUCAAUACCAACAAUAAAUGAUAUUGAAUUACAACUUAAACCAAUGAAUAAUGUUAAUUUGUAUGCAACAAGAAAAAUUUUAACACCAUUAAAUGCGACAAUAAAUCAUUUAUCGAAAUUUAUUAAUACACGAAUGAAAUUAGAACAACAAAAUUCAACAUUUAUCGAACAAGAAUAUCAGUGGUUUAUUAAUCUGACUGACGAUAUCCCUAUUGAAAAUACUUUAACAUUGGAUAAAUUACUCGAACAACAUUGGAAUAAUAUGCCUAAACCAUAUAAUAUUUUUUAUCGAGCAAUUUCUCAUUAA